UAUAAAUGGGUGCUGCUGAAGGAAUAGCUCCAGUGUGCGCGCGCUGUGCCGUGUGCGCGCAGUCUCCUCCAGCCGCGCACUCUUUCGGUCUCAUUCUCAUCAAAUGAACGGUACAGUGUCGUCCCGUUAGACACUAAGCAGUCAUGGAGCACCCUGGGGAGUACCCGAGGGAGUACCACAUGGUCCUGGGUCAGAUGCUGUCGGAGCUGAAGUCCAAACAUCAGAGUGCGUCCCACCCAGAGCUAUGCCGCUGGCUGUGCUCACGCUUCGACCUGGUGCACCUGGCCAAAGUGCGCAAUCUGCUCUUCCACACUGCGAGCCAGGACCCCUCCUUCCCGGCCACGCUCUUCAGAGACAGGAUGUGCUGCUCCUCAGUGGACCCUCACUCCAAAAAACUACAGGUGGCUGUAGAUAUCUUGUCCAUGUUUAAUCUCAUCCAGAACAGAAGCCCAGCCAAAGAGAGGCUGCCUUUGUCCCGGGCCCCCCUCAUCAAGAAUCACUCUGUGGGGGGAUCAGACUACCGCCCUCCACACCCUCUCCACGGUUCAUCCCACAGCCCCAAACCAGGGCCAGAGAGCAGCCAGCACCACUUCAUCCCUGCCUCUGAGCCCAACUUCCUGCUCCGAGUCAGUAAAGACCUGAAAUGUAGAGCUGCGUCUCUAGACAAACUGCACCCCCUGCCCCUCUAUGGCCCCGGGACCCUAGGCCCCUCUUGUGAGAUGCAGAGUACGUACUUCCCUAUGGAGGCAGAGAGUGAAGCCAGCACAGAGCAGGAGUCCCUCUCACAGCCACAGCCGGGCCCCCAAGAGCCCCUCUCCACACGCUCCUGUGUCCACAAGAGGAACGUCUUCAAAGAGGACUUUCACAACAUGUCGGCUUUCUCUCCAAAGGUGAUCAGACAGGCCAGUGAGUGUAUAGAGGGCGUCCACCAGAGGGAGCUCCACAGGCCUGCUGUGUUCUUCAACCACAGUUUUGAAUUGCCUUGUACCAAUCCAUACAUGGACCCAGGACUCAACUCUCCUCUGGAAGAGCGACAGCGCGCCAAGCAUGAAAGUCUGGAUGACCUCCAGGCCUCCACAUACUUUGGCCCCAGCACUGUGUCCCAGAGCGUGAGCACCAGAAGGUUCACUGACAGAGAGCCCGAGACCACCCACAAGAGCAACCCCAAACCAGUUAGACCAGCCCGGCCUGUGAAGAGCUUCAGCCUCAACACUGAGUAUGUGCCCACACCCAGCACAAGGCCCAUGGCCACCAAGAGACCCCUACGAAACAUAACGGCUAUUAACGGGGACCGAGAGCCAUCUACAACAUCGUCUCCAGCUUUUACCAAGAAGGUCAGUGAUUUCAAAGGCCAAGAGCUGAUACCACUAAGCAAUGGGCCUGAGUGUGUGGAGAGAAAGGAGGGCAGGCCUGUGGGCAGAGGCUUCCAGAGAGGAGAGGUCUGCCCCAGUGUGGGCACUCAGACAGAACAGGGUAGUGAGCCCAGGAGACUGAGGAGCUUCAGCCGCACUGACUCAGAGAUGAUCAGUGACGACAUCAGUGACAUCUUCCGCUUUCUGGAUGACAUGAGUGUGUGUGACUCCCUGAACAUGGUCCAGUCCUCCUGUUACAACAGCACCGGAUCUCUGUCCCAGCUCACCCUGAGGUCAGACAGCUCCCCUGAACGCAGUACAGUGCGCCUGGCUAAAUCCAGACUGGACAGCCUCUUCCACUCUCUGGACAACAGUGAUGACGAGCUCAAAUCCAACGUGCACCGACUGGUUCAGAGGAUCGGAGAGAUAGAGAAGAAGCUGGAGUCUCUGUCAGGAGUCCGCUCUGAGAUCACACAGCUUCUGUCCAAACUCAAUCAGCUAGACCACAAGGUACACAAAGCAGACAAUGCUGAGGGAACUGACCCUUCUCCCUCACAUGCAGACACUCUCCCCUCUCCUCCGUCAUUUCAGUGUCACACCAUCGGACACACUAAUGGACACUCCAAAGGACACACUGGUGGACAGUCUACAGGACAAUCCACUGGACACCUUAGAGCACACACAGGUGGACAGACAGGUGGAAAUACCAGUGGACAAACCAGUGGACAUUCAAAUGGACACACAGAUGGACACAACUCAGACGGACAUACAUUAGGACACUCUACAGUACAUUUUACUGGACACACUAGUGGACAUUCUACUGGACACCCUGGUGGACACACUAGUGGGCACUCAAAUGGGCAUUCUAGUGGGCAUAUUGGUGGACAUACUGGUGGACAUAUUGGUGGACACACUGGUGGACACACUGGUGGACAUACCGGUGGACACACCAGUGGGCACACUAAUGGACACUCCAAUGGACACUCUAAUAAACAGCACAGCAUUGGACACUCUCGUACGUUAGUGGACUGGAGUAGCUCACAGGGGGCAUGGGGCAGCCCUGGGGAGAGCCUCGGGGUAAAGGCACUGAAGAACAGCCUGAGGAGGUCUUCUCGCUCCCUGAACCAGGAGCCUGCCCCAGACUGGAGCACCACGGCAUACUGCACUGAGAGGCCCCGCACCCACAGAGAGGUGCAGCAGGAGCACCCGUACGAGCUGUCCCGAGUGCGCAGGGGCUCCACAGACUUCCCCCCUCAGCCCUACACGCCGUCCCUGAAGAAGCACCUCCAGAGCCCCCCUGUGUACGCCGACAUGGACCCCCCGGUGAAGAGCAGCCCCGUGUACUCGGAGCUGCGCCUGGACACCACCCGACUGCACCCGAGCUGGAGCGCCGAGGGCUACUCCCGGCACCCCGAGCAGAGGGUCAAGCAGCUCAAAACUCUGGACAUACAGAGCGGGGCAGCUCUGGACCCGGCCCACCUGGAGUACUGGCUGGAGGAUGUGUACACCCCGGGAUUCGACUCUCUGCUGAGGAGGAAACAGGCCGACCUCCGGAGGGCACGCGUCUGUAAGCUGGGGGCCCUCAUCGCCGCUGCCACGUGCACACUCCUGCUGGUCAUCGUGGUCCCCAUCUGCACCAUGAGGACCUGAGGAGCCCAAAC